GUGAGCUGGUCAUGAUGCAGAAGGUCCUCAAGUGCAGUAGCCUGGCCCUGGCUCUUGCCCUCAUCCUGGUUUUGGAAUCUCCAGUCCAAGGUUAUCCUAUGCGGAGAGCCAGGGACCAGUGGGUACGCUGCAGUCCUGACAGUAAUUCUGCAAACUGCAUCGAUGAAAAGGGACCCCUGUUCAACCUUCCUCCAGGAGAAUCUAACAGGAUCCUCCCUGCAAGGACUGACCCUUUUCCAAUGAAAAGAUUCCAGAACUUGAAUGAUGUUUUCCCCCUUUCUGAGGACUAUUCUGGAUCAGGCUCUGGGUCUGGUUCUGGMUCUGGAUCAGGAUCUGGAAGCAGCUCUGGAAAUGGUUUCCAAAAUGAAAUGGAACAGGAAUACCAACCAGUUGCUGAAAAUGAUGCUUUCUAUUACAACUUCAGGUCUUUCGAGAGCAAUCAGCCCUCAGACAACCACAACUUGKGUCAAGAAGKWUUAGAAGAGGAUUUCAUUAUAUAAAAAUGAGGGUUUCCCCACCUUGAUGCCAGRCRAUGUAUUCAGUGUAUUUUGUGUACCAUGGUUAAAUGAUCAGUCUUGGGACAAAGAGUUUUAUGGAAAUUUUAAAACAUCUGAUAAAGAACCUUAAACUUUAUCACCUUUAUUUCUCAUGAAUUCUUAAAGGAUUAUGCUUUAAUGCUGUUAUCGGUCUUAUUUUUCUGAAAAAUAUCUUCUUUUUUGGCACUGGGUAUCACACAUGARAGGCAACUACUUUACCACUAAGCUACAUCCCAGCCUAAUACUUGCAUUUUUUUGGUUGUCUUGUUCAACCAACAUCAUUAUGAAAUGAACUAGACUCCCAUUACAUGAAGU